CUUCCCGGUCCGGAGGCGACGGGCUCGGCUCUUCCUGACGUGGCGAGCGGCUAGAGGUCGACCGGUUCCUCCGUGGGCUGCGGCGAUUGGGCAGACUACCUGUUCGACAAGUUUUUGUACUAAAAAUGUAAAUACACAGGUGGCAGCGGCAUGGGCGAGCGUAUGCAUUAUGUAAAUAAAACAGAAGUGAAACCGUGUCACAGUGGUUUCCAGUCGCAGACUGUCUUAUCAGACGCUAUGUGUAGCAGAUAGUUGGAGGGAAGACUUUGGAUUUUAAUACGAGACAUGGCUUACACGUCGACUUUCCACUGAUAGAUACUGUCUGCCAUCAUACACCUGCCGCGUGUUUCAGCCCCGAGGUGACGGCUGCGCAGUGAUCAUGCCUCAGCUGACGGCCACCGCGGUGCUGCAGCUCAUGCUGCUGCUCUCCGCUGUGCCCGCGCAGUACUUCAUCUCCCGGUGGAGCGGCUCCACGGCGGCGCAGCGCUACCACGCCACCACCCGGUUGCUUAGAAUUUGGAAAGAGUGGAGAAGAUCUUUCCUCAAUGGAACUGUUUGGAUGGACUGGGUGAACCAGCAGAUGUCCAAAGUCCAGUCUUUGGUUGGCCUGGGGCAGGAAGGGCAAGCGGCAAAAGAGUCACUUGCCAUUGAGACCAUGCUUUUUGACAACGACCAUGGAUUCUUUGGAGCCUCGAAGACAGCGCGCAGCCCUCGUCCUCCGUACGUGUUUCUGCGGGUUGGAGAGGUGGUGAUGGAGAGGAAGGGCCACAUGGUUGGCGUGGUAAUAAGCUGGGACCCUGAGAUGCGAGCACCUCCAGAGUGGGUCGACAGAGUGUAUUCCAACUUUGAGGGCACCAAAGCAGAGAAUACACCCCAUUAUAAAGUGCUGUUCAGCGGGCCUGGACCCUCCUCUGUGUUAGUCGGAUACUUGCCCCAGACACAACUGGAGCGCAUCACCGGGAUGAGGCCGGACAUUCCUACCUUGGAGAAUUACUUCACGCAUUUUGAUGGGGAGCGGUUCGUCAUGCAGCCCUGGCUCAGAGAGAUCUUCCCCGAGGAUGCCACGGAUGAAGACAUCUGACUGCUGAGCUGUGACGUGUUUUCUAUAGAAAUACUGACCCAGUAGUUAUUAUAAAAUUGAAGAUUUAAACAGAUUGAAGAUCAUUUUCAGAUUCCUCCUUGCUGGAUCUCAAUGCGAGGGUUCUUUAAGAUUUACAAGUAUACAGUAUUUUAAUUUCAUGUGCCAAAAAAAUAAAAGAGAAAACAGAUUUUUAAAAAUGUAAUUUAAUGCCUGCCUGAUUUUUAAAGACAGAUUUGAGGCUGGAAUUCAGUUAGAUAACCAUAAAUGCUUGAAAUCUAUGUAAUCUUUCCAGGUAGUUUUUGCAUUGGCUGAGGAAGAAAAAAAACCUUGAAAAACUGCACUUUUAUUCAGCUUUUACAACUAAGCAAUAAAAAAUACUUUAAACUGUGA